AUGCAAAUGGAAAAGAGAGAGAAAGGUGUUUCUGAAGAAGAGAUUAGUGGGUAUGAUUGUAGUGAGAGUGUUGAUUCAUUGAAAAAGAGUAAAGAGAUGUUAACUCUUUUAAUGAAAGAUAUAAUGUGGAGAUCAAAUCAACGAGAUAUAAUUACAUCAGAAGAGUAUAGACAUUAUAAUAUUCAAAUAGCACUAAAUCAUCCCAUUUCUUCUAAUACUCUUUUCUUACCAAAUGAAAGUAGAAAACAUUCAUUGGACCAACCAGAUAUCCUUCUUAAAGAUUAUUUAUCGGGAAAUUUAUCUUCAUAUGAUUCUACAAUGAGUAAUAACACAAAAGAACUUCUUUCAUUAAUACCUUCUUUACAACCACCUCCCUCUCAAAUUAGAUUCAUUAUCCAUACAUCAACAAAUCAUCUUCCAACACAUACAUUUUCACUUACAUCUCAUUAUUAUGACCUUGUUAAUCAAACUCUUUUUCCUUAUCCUUUAUUAUCUCAACAACAACAUAAAAUUAUUCAUUCUCAUAUUCCAAUAUUUAGUGAUCUUAAGGUUUCAGAAAAUCCGUUUGUUAAGAAAAAAUAUCAUCUUAUUCCUACAUUAUCCCCAUCUAAUGUAAUUGAUUGGGUUGUAGAAAUUACUGGAAAGGAUUUUCUUCAAAGAAGGUAUUUAUUUCUAUGUUCAUUAAAAGAAUUAAAAUUAAAUGAUUAUACUUCCAUUGCUUUAACCUCCCUAGAUAAACCAAACCUAACACGUCGUUGUAUUAUUUUCUCAGACUUAGCUGAACUCAACAUGUUAAAUCUUCAAACAUUAUUUGCCAAAUUAGUAACAAUAACACCUGAAAAUGUAUUUAUUUUCAUCAAAUUCAUUUUUACUAAUGAUAAAUUCAUUCAAACACGACAAGAAUAUAUGACAAUGGGUAUUAUUGAUUCGGGAUUAGAUGAAGACGAAGAAAUAUCAGAAGAAGAAGGAAAAAGAAAAGUAACGAAAAAGUCAAGAAAAAAAGCAAAGAAGACAAAAAGUAAAAAAAUAAUAGAAGAUAAAAAGAGAAUUGAACGACAAAAAGAACGAGAAAAACGAUUAAAUGAAUUUAAGAAGAAAGAAGAAGAAAAUGAAGAUUAUUCAUUAACAUUAGUUUGUAAAGAAUGUCAAAUUAAAACAGAGAAAUUUUUAAAUGACUUACAUGAAAUGAAAGAAAAUGAAAGUCCUAUUAAACAAAUGAUUGAACAUCAAGAUUGGUAUCAUUUUGUUAAUGUUGCUAUUGAAUUAUUACAUCCUUCAAUGGUUAAAAAAAGAAAAGAAGAAUGUAAUGAAGUUCUUGAAGAAUUAAUACAAAACGUUUCUAUGAUAUUUUAUCAUCCUAAAAUAAUGAACUUAAUUAUUUGUUGUUAUUCUAUCAUUAAAAAAAAUGAUUGUGAAAUUCAUCUUAAAAGAAGAGCAACAAUAUUAAUUGCAUUAUUAUUAGAUUAUAUAGACACACCUAAAGGAGUGUUAGUUAGAGCUAAAAAUUAUUUAAAUAAAACAAUGCAAGAAAUUAAUGAACUAAUACCUAACUCUGAAAUGAUAAUUGAUACUUCAUUUAUUAAUGAAGAUUAUUCAAUAUUCAUUCAACAAGUUAGUCAAAUAACUGACGAAAUACUUAAAGCAAAAAUUAUAUUAACUACAUUAAUAAAUACAUUAAAUAAAAAUAUUUCUUCUUUUGAUAAAUUCUUUCAAUCUUGUAGUGAAUUAAUUCCAUUAAUUCCAUUACCAGUAUUUGUAUGUAAACAAAUGGUAGGAAAUGUAGUUCUAAAUAUGAAUAAUAUGAACCAAAUUGUUUCAUUAAUUAAAGUAGGAAUAAUAUCAAUUGGUACUGUUUUAAAACACUUUAUUCAACCAACAUUAAAACAUCUUAUUAUAAAUAAAGACAAAGAAAGGAUGAUGAUUAUUAUGAAAAUGAUUACUAAUUUAAUGAAAUUAACAAAUACUAAUGGAGGAAAAAUUUGGAAUAUUAAAAUGUCAGAAAUAAUUUUUGAAGAAAGUGUUUAUGGAUUAGAAGUAUUAAAUGAAAAUGAAGUUCAAGAAGUCUUUGAUGAAUCAUUUGGAGGAAAUCUUAAUGAAUUUAUGAAUAUUCAUCCAGAGUUAGUUAAUAAAUUAAUUAAAAAACAAUAUAAAACAAAAAUUGUUUCAGGACUAUGUAAGAAACCAAACAACAUUUGUAAAGGGGAAGGAUUAGAAAAAGAGUAUUUAAUAAAAUGUUCAUUUCCAACUCUUUCAUUAAUAUUAAAUGUGAUUUCAAUUGAAAAAUGUAUUGAUGCAUUAAUGUAUGUUAUGUUAAUACACACAUAUUCAUUUAAUCAAUUUAAAGAAUUUAUAAAAAGUAUUGAACCAAUUACUUUUCAAUCAGAGAGAUUUAAAACAAUUUCAUUAUCAUUAUUAUUCUUUGUUGUACAACAUCCAAAUCAAAAGAAAGAUUUUAAUGCAUUUAUUCAAAGUCAAUUAGCUCAAUGGUAUGUAAAUACUUAUUCUAUUGGAAUUGAAUGUUCAGCAAAUACAAUUGAUGGAUUUUUUCAAAUACUUCAUCAAUUAAUUAUGUAUCAUAAUAAUCUUGAAAUUGUUCAGACUGUAAUUUCAUUUCUUUCUUUACCAAUUUUUGCUAAAGAAGAAAUAGGAAUAAUAAAUGAUAUUAUUCUUGAUUUGUGUAAAAAUAGUAAGUCAUUAAAUGAAGUUAAUAGUCUUAUUAAUGGAUUACAAAUGUGUUUAUUAAAGUUUAAUCAACCAUUAUCUACAACAGAUUUACAAUUACUUAAUAUAGUAAUUGAAACAACUUCACAAAUAUUUUCUAAAUCAUUACAAUUUAAUGAUGGAAAUGAUUCUCUUAAAUCUUUUAAACAAUUUAUAGACACUUCAUCUAUUCCAUUCUCUUUAAAAAGAUAUUUAUCUUCUCAACUUCCUGUCCUUGAGCAAUUUAAUAUAUUACCACCUCAAUUCGUUGAAUCAAAAUAUUAUACAAAGAAACAACCAACAUAUUCAAAUCUAAUUGGUCUACCUACUAUUGUUCAUUUUAAGUAUCCUACAGUAAAAUAA